CUAAAGCAUUGCAAAACCUCCUAUUUAUAGUUAUUUCUCCGAAAUCUGGCUUUCCUUUCACAGCAGCAGCCGCUAAACCCUAGCCAUUUCUCUCUGGUUUCCAUUUUUGCUCCGUUUUAAGCUGCAAUCGUGAGAUCCAACUUUUUGCUGCUUCUGAAAUGGCGGUCACAUUCUUCAAUUUGAGCUCUGAUGCUGGUUUGAAAAAGCUCGAUGAGUAUCUCCUUAGCAGGAGUUACAUCACUGGCUAUCAAGCUUCCAAGGAUGAUCUCACUGUGUACUCUGCCAUUCCUAAUGUUUCGGAAGCAUAUGUCAACAUAUGCAGAUGGUACAAACAUAUCGAUGCACUUUUGAGGAUCUCUGGCGUUUCCGGUGAGGGAUCAGGUGUAACUGUUGAAGGAAAUGCUCCUGCUCCUUCUGUUGCUACCCCACCUGUUGCAGAUUCAAAGGCAUCAGCUGCUGACGAAGAUGACGAUGACGAUGUUGAUCUAUUUGGGGAAGAGACUGAAGAGGAGAAAAAGGCUGCUGAACAACGAGCUGCUGCUAUUAAGAAGUCCGCUUCAAAGAAAGAAUCUGGUAAGUCGUCGGUCUUGUUGGAUGUGAAGCCAUGGGACGAUGAAACGGACAUGAAGAAGCUUGAGGAAGCUGUCAGAAGUGUUCAGAUGGAGGGAUUAUUGUGGGGAGCAUCCAAACUUGUGCCAGUCGGUUAUGGUAUCAAGAAGCUGACCAUCAUGAUGACUAUUGUGGAUGAUUUGGUCUCUGUCGACAACUUGAUUGAAGAUUACCUAACGGUUGAGCCGAUCAAUGAGUAUGUUCAGAGUUGUGAUAUUGUCGCUUUCAACAAGAUUUAAGACCAUUAAUAUGUUACGCCCUAAAAUGGUCGUUUUAGUUUCGAUCAUAUCUUUUUGAAAUUUGUUUCAGUAACAUGGUCUUUUUGGUGUAUUUGCGUUGUUAUAACCAUAUACUGUCCGUGUCAGGCACCUAGGUACAUUUCGUGUAUGGUUGUGUUUUUGCCUUUUGUGACUUCAAAACUUGCCUGUUUCUGCAGUAUUUCUCUCACAAAAUUCUCUUAAAACAA